GAACCCGACCUCUGGCAUGACGGCCAGAGAAUGUUUUGAAAUCAGUUUGUAUGAUCCUAUAAUCGAAAGACACGACACGCAGAAUGAAAGAGGUGCGAAGAAACUGUGUGUGCGUUAUCGUGUUAUUCCCGUGAUGCCUCCGACCCCUGUCACUAAUCAGCAGAUAUUCGUCACGUGGUACAAUCUCUAUCUACAUCACCUGUAUGGAACGAGCACGUGAAGAUGGCGACGUCUCAGAAACUGGAGGAACAUUUUUUCACAUGCACCAUAUGUACAGAAGUAUUUGACAAUCCGUGCACCCUUGUCUGUUAUCACACAUUCUGUCGGAAAUGUGUCGUCAACUACACCAAAACCAAACCACAAGCUAUCAAUGCCAAGUCUCUGCUGUGUCCUGUCUGCAGCAAGAUGACGAAAGUGAGUGCCACCGAGAGACCAAUAGAUGAGUGGGCGGAUGACGUCAAACCGAGCUUUGUCAUCCAAGGACUGCUAGACUCAUUUGGCCCUGGAUGUAAAGAUAAAAAGAACUGCACGUGCUGUCAUCGCGAAGGGGAGACAACUCCAGCGACUGUGUGGUGCUCGGUAUGCGAUGACGCCCUGUGUGAUGUAUGUGCUAGGGUGCACAGUCGCAUCUCAUCCACUCGUCAUCACGAUACAACUGCCCUGACUAGUGAGGCCAUUAUCCCCAGGAAACGAAACAUCAAGUGUAAAGAGCACAAGGAUGAAAACAUCAAAUUCCUGUGCAAAGAUUGCAAGAAAGUCACCUGUCACACCUGUUGUGUUAUCUAUCACCGGAAAUGUGAGUCAGUCGUCACACUGGAGUCGGAAUUACCUGCAUUAAAGUCUCAGCUGUUGAAUAAGAAGGAAACUAUUUUGGAGAAGCAAAUCCAAAUGGAAGCAAAAGUUGAUGCUGUUAAAGUGAACGUCGUUUCUGAAAAAGAACGAUAUGCAAGAAUGGAACAUGACAUCAAGUCUUUUGGUAGCAACGCGAGAGGGAAGAUAACUCUCAUGGAAAUUAAACUUCUAGAUGAACUGAAAGAAGUUUCUGAAAAGCACUUUGAACAACUGACUGCCGACCUAAAGUCGAGUGAAAUAUCAGUACAGAUGUACCGACAACAGACUGAGCUGAUAGACCAGAUUCUACAAUCCGAGUGUGACAUGGACGUGUAUGAGAUGUAUCAGGGAUGUGAGGCCGGUGAUGUGGAUGCUAUCGGAGACGUAGACUUGAAGAAGAGGAGGAGAAUAGCCAGGAUCAUGUUCAAACAGAACGAAGACAUGCUGAGUAGAGCUCUGGACGAUCUACAGCUGGGGGAGAUAGAUGUCCAGUAUGACGGUAUGGUGAACUUGGAGGCAACACCUGUAUCUCAAGACACCAGUAACGUGCUGGACCUGAAGGCUGCUCCUGUGUUACAGGACACCAUUAGCGUUAAGGUAGCAGGAGAUCAGAUUAAUGUAUACCCUGCUGACGUAACAGUGUUGACGGUGAAUGGUACAGACACAGUGGUUGUAACAGACUGCAACAACAAGAGUGUGAAAUCCUUCUACACCAAGAACAAACAGCGACAUCACAGCAAGCUCCAACUGGGAAGUAGACCGUGGGGUAUAUCAAGGCUGAAACACAACCAGGUGGCUGUCACUGUGAUGCAUAACAGGCAGAUUGUAACAGUUGAAGUGAACCCUGACCUGAUGCUGCUGUCGACAAUCACGACCAGCAAACAGUACUGGGGUAUAACGUCUCUGACACCAUCAACAUUAGCAGCAGGUUCUGAUAGAUGUGUGGAUAUUCUGGACAUGAGAGGAAACGUCAUAAAGUCGAUGAACGCUGUAGGUAGCGGAAAGGAAAUCAUACAUACUCCUGGGUUUCUUUGUACAACAAGAACAGGAAACAUCCUUGUGUCGGAUGGCGGUUCGAAGCGUGUCCUGUGCCUGACAGCUGAAAGGGACGUUGUGUUCACUUACCCUACAACAGGACACACAACACUGGGAUAUCCACAUGGUAUCACAAGUACCAGCACUGGUGACAUCCUGGUUACUGACUUCACUCAACACACUGUUGUUCAUCUUACUGAGUCAGGGCAGUUUGUCAGAAACAUACUCACUGCAGAUGAUGGUGUCUCGUUACCUCGCGGUGUUUGUGUAGAUGGAUGUGGUCGUGUUUAUAUUUGUAAUUACCGUUCAGGUGAAAUCAAGGUAUUCAGUUUCAGUAACACAGUAUAGACCUUUGAUUCUUUCUUAAGUGAUCAUUGCAUCUGUAAGUAUUCCAAUUAACUACAUUUACAACGACCUCCUGACUGCAGAUUGACUGAAGUGGUGCUGACAAAUCAUCACAUGUAAUGUACUUUGUGUCUGAGUAUACCUAAUAUAUAGUGUGAAUGAGUAUUUCUGACUGUAUAGUGUAAAUGAGUAUAUCUCAUGUAUAGCGUGACUAAGUAUAUCUAAUAUACUGUGUGAGUAACUAUAUCUAUCUAAUAUACUGUGUCUGAGUACAUCUAAUGUACAGUGUGACUGAGUAUAUCUAAUAUACAGUGUGUCUCAGUA